GAUACUAUCGCUUAGAAUGACGACAUCGUAGCGACGUCAAUUGACUGUAGAGGGAUUACGUUGAAAUUCGAUCCCUUUAAAUUCGCGGCAACUAUUGUUUUUCUUUACAACUGUGACCAUGAGCUGUGGAUUCGUUACUUGCGGCCCAAAUGAGGCCCUUGUAGUUUCAGGAUGCUGCUACAGCAAACCCCUUUUGGUGCCCGGCGGCCGAGUAUUUGUCUGGCCUAUUGUACAGCAAGUACAAAAAAUUUCAUUGAACACUAUGACUUUACAAGUAGAAAGUCCAACAGUGUAUACAUGUCAAGGGGUACCAAUAUCUGUGACAGGAAUUGCACAGGUGAAAAUACAGGGACAAAAUGAAGAAAUGCUUUCUGCCGCGUGUGAACAAUUUCUGGGAAAAUCGGAAGAAGAAAUUCAUAACAUUGCCCUUGUUACUCUAGAAGGACACCAACGAGCAAUAAUGGGAAGCAUGACUGUAGAGGAGAUAUACAAAGAUCGUAAAAAAUUCAGCAAGGAAGUUUUUGAAGUAGCUAGCAGCGAUUUGGUCAAUAUGGGAAUCACUGUUGUGUCCUACACAUUAAAAGAUAUUCGAGAUGAGGAAGGGGCAAAGGGAUAUCUGAAAGCUCUUGGAAUGGCGCGAACCGCUGAGGUAAAACGGGAUGCGAGAAUUGGAGAAGCAGAAGCCCGUAGGGACGCCCAAAUUCGCGAGGCCAUUGCUGAAGAGCAACGAAUGGCUGCACGCUUUCUAAAUGACACCGAAAUUGCCAAAGCGCAACGAGAUUUUGAAUUAAAAAAAGCCGCUUAUGACGUCGAAGUGCAAACUAAAAAAGCAGAAGCAGAAAUGGCAUUUGAAUUACAAACUACUAAAACCAAACAAAGGAUUAUGGAGGAGCAGAUGCAGGUAAAGGUGGUAGAACGAGCACAAGAAAUAGCUGUGCAAGAACAGGAAAUGUUAAGACGAGAAAGGGAAUUGGAUGCUACUGUACGACGUCCAGCUGAUGCAGAAAAAUACAGAUUAGAAAAAUUAGCUGAAGCUAAUAAACUGCGUUUAGUAAUGGAAGCUCAGGCAGAAGCAGAAGCCAUAAGAAUUCGAGGUGAUGCAGAGGCUUUUGCUACUGAUGCAAAGGCUAAAGCUGAAGCAGAACAAAUGACAAAGAAGGCUGCCGCUUGGAAUGAAUACAAGACUGCAGCUAUGAUAGAUAUGAUGCUUGACACUCUUCCAAAGGUUGCUGCUGAAGUUGCAGCACCUUUAGCCCAGGCAAAGAAAAUAACGAUGGUUUCUAGUGGAAAUGGAACUAUUGGAGCAGAGAAAUUAACAAAAGAAGUUCUUAAUAUUGUAACACGUGUACCAGACUUAGUGGAAAAUUUAACAGGCGUGGAUAUCGCAAAGUGCAUUCACGCUGCGUAAACACAGUCCAUGACAACUUUUGAACAUUUUCUGACCACAGUCGUACUUGUAUGAAAUAUUUCAUGAGUCUUUGAUACAUACAUUUAUUUUCAAUAUGCUCUUGCAUAUUAGAGUCAAUUUAUUAGUUUUAACUUCAUGACGUUUCGUUGAAUAACGAAUUCGGUACCUUCACUGCCACUUAUUUAAAUGUAAUAUGUGAAUUUCGAUUUGUGCCAAUUUUGAAUAAAUAUUAUAACUAUGAGUAAAUUCGAAUUGGUAAUACAGUAUACAGUCUCGAAAAUAGAUUACAGAUUUCGAAUAUAUUCGCACAAGAUUCAUGUUUUAUUCGAACGCAAUAGAUAGCUGUACAUACCUGAAUAGCAGAGGCAGUGAAUGUAUAUUAUUUUUUAACCAAAAUUAUAUAUUAGUUGUAACAAAAUAUUAUUUUUAUGUCUUAAUAUAUGUUAUAUAAAGAUUUUAUUUUUUAUUAAAAACAUUCUUUUAAUUAAUAUUUUAUGCACUUAGAUGAGAAUAGGAAAAAAAUAUGAAAAUAUAUCUUUUUGAAUCUGAUAUUGACCAACGAUGGUCCAGUUUUGUCCACGCGUAUAUAAACUUUGCCAUUGCCGAAACAUUCCUCCAGCUAUGCUAUACGUACCUUCCGAUUAUAUUUAUAUAAUUAAUGAGUAUGACCGCUUUAGAAAAGAAAGUAAAAUUUGACACUCGUUCAUUGAAUGUGGUUUGAUGUUAAGUAAUUAUGUCUAGUCCCCGAAGUUUAAAUAUCUUUACAUGAAUCUUCAUUUACAUUUCUAACACUUCGAAAUGCAUUAAUAUAUUUUGCGUCGAGUUUAGCUAGAAUUUACUGUGAUCUAACUCUUUGUACGAAAACAAGAAUGAUAGUCAUAGUUCUUGAAUCAUGUUUGAGAGCUUUGAUGAAUAAAUUUGUAUGACCAAUUGAACGCCUUAAAUUGAUAAGAAAGAUUCAAUUUUAUGUAAAGCGAUUAAACGUUAAAAUUAA